AUGUCCAUCACGAAACUCCUGACUCUGCGGUCGGCUCUUGUGGCCUCGGUCCUCUUCCUAGCUGGCCAUGUGCCAACGACAGCUGCCUAUGACGAAGUUUACAACGGGUGCUACUCGAGCUCGACGCCCCUGAUUGACCAAGGAUCCUAUACGUACCAAAGUAACGGGUAUUGCCAGAAGUUGUGCUUGAAGGACAACUAUGCCGUAUUUGCGCUUCACAACAAACAAGACUGUCUCUGUGGAAACGAACUUCCGGCUGCCGCAGACAAAGUAUCCGAUGAUGAAUGCAAUCUGUCGUGUGCUGGCUGGCCAUCGGUCAUGUGUGGUGGUUCAACCACAUAUUCGGUCUAUCUGACAGGUAUUGAGGACGACGUGGAUAACUACUCUUCUUCGAGCAGUUCUUCUUCCAGCAAGAGCACCGACGGCACGUCGACGUCGACAACUCAGACACCAACGGUCCAUGCCGUUACCAGUGGCGGACAGACGGUCUAUAUCACAGAAGCUCCUGCCACCCACGCCGCCGCCGCGAGUGCUACUCAACCUGCAAAGUCGAAAAGCUCGAGUGCGAAUACUGCUGCGAUCGCCGCAGGUGUGGUUGUUGGAGUAGUCGGGCUAUGUGCACUCAUUGGUGCUGGGUUUUUUCUCUGGCGGUUCAAGAAUCGCAAAUCGGUGGAAGCGCAAUAUCGUCGCAGUGUUGGCAUGGACGGUUACGGACAGCCCAUGGCACAGGGCAGCGACUCCAGAUUCGAUGGUGACUUCAUGGCUCAAAAGCGGCAAAGCAACGGCAGUAUCGACGACGACCAGGACUUCUCGCGUCGUAUCUUACAGGUAACCAACCCUGAUCGUCGCUGA